AAGGUGGUAAAUCGGAUUAAAUAAGUUCUAUUAUGUGAAUGUCAUUUGUGGACCUUAAGUGCAAUUUGUUUUAUUUUUUUGUCUCUUAUUUUUACUUUUUGCCAAAACAUCAAGUGUAUUAAUUUAAUUUAAACAAAAUAUUUAAAUUUGAGAAAAAAAAUGAUAAAAAUCCUAGCUUGAAGCUAAAGUGUGGAAUUAGUGAAAGUGAUUUUUAGGGACUUAAAUCAAGUCCUAAAAAUAUAGGAUAAGGUUGUUUAAACAGCCUUUUCUUCAAACAACACAUUUUUAAAUAAAAAAAACAAAGGAUAACGUGAAGUGACCACAUUUGGAUUACAUAUAUUUAUUUUUAUUGACUUAUCACACAAAAUCAGCAUAAAAUACUUGAAACUAACGGAUUUUCUAGAAAUUAAAAGAUUGAAAGAAAACAAAAACAAAAUUUUAAGUGGAAUAUCUAAAAGAAUUUGGUUUUAAUGCACCACCAGCAGAUAUAGAGGAGAGACGUCAACUGUCAUCGAAUCAUUAUGACAGAUUGCAGCAGCAGCAUCCAGGGCUCGAUGUGUUCAACGAUGAGCGAUGCCAUCUUAUCGGCUCGCAGUGCAAUGGUAUCGAAUCCCCGAAUUCGAGUGAUUCGCUUGGUGCGUCCUAAUUCACGACGAAUUCUGGUCACGCCUGACAACAAUGUGACGUUUGGCUUUGCCAUUCGUGGUGGCAAGGAGUUCGGAACGGGAUUCUUUGUGUCGAGAGUGGAGAAGAGCAGUGAAGCUGAUAUCAAGGGAUUGCGGGUUGGAGAUCAAAUAAUCCGUGUUAAUGGAUAUCACGUCGACGAUGCAGUUCAUAAGGAGUUCACUCAGUUUGUUUCCAGUCAAGAUCGCUUAACCCUUAAAGUUCGAGGUGUUGCAAUGCUCCCAAUGAAAGACAAUCAAUGUGAUCCCAUAAGUUGGCACAUAGUUGCACGACCUACACUUGCAUCGAUGAAUCCCAUCAUGGAUGAAUAUAGUGUAGGCCAAAAAGAUGCCCGUAUAGUUCUCAAAGUUGCCCCUCGUACUAAACUGGGCUUGGGCAUAUGCAAAGGUCCCGAAUGGAAACCUGGAAUCUUUGUUCAAUUCACCAAAGAUUACAGUGUUGCCAGAGAUGCUGGUCUACGGCCUGGCGAUCAAAUUUUAAGCGUUAACAGCAUCGAUUUCUCUGAUGUGCUCUUUAGUGAAGCAGUUGCUGUUAUGAAGAGUUCUUCAACACUCGAAAUGGUGGUGCGGUCCGGUGCUGGUUUGGACCUCUUCCCAGGUGAAUCUAGUGGUUAUAAUAGUUCAGCAAGCAGUGUAACGGGUGAUCAGAGCCCAUGUUGGGCUGAUCAGUCAGCCAAACGUUUGAGUUCGGUGCGCGAGGAACCGUUGUCGGCAAAAAGUCACUGGCACGAUCGAAGAAAAAAUCCACCUCUUACGUCAGCCCUCCAGUCAUCGGCUUCCUCGUCCUGCUCCUCAGCCACAGUCAAAGAUGAGUCUAACAAAACGAUUAUCCAACUCUCCGAAAGCGGCACACUCAUCAACAAUACAAUGGUUGCAAGCCACGACAGUGGCGCAUCCACUUCAUCAUCCAUCUCGUCGUCGACGUCGUCGUCUGCGUCGUCAUCGUCGUCCGCCUCCAUGUGCGAUGAUUCCAAUCUCAAGUUGAAUUUCAUAAUGCCACCCGAUCAGGCAAAUCCGCAUCAUCAUCAGCAUCAGCUUCGGACGCCAUCAGCAUCACAGAUGCCACCACCGCCUCCUCCAACGCCGGGCGAUACGCAACAACAACAACAACAACAACAGUUACAGCUACAACAUGCUAAUAGCAAGAUCGCCGACAUCUGCUUCGUGUCACGCCAGAGCGAGACGAAGACAGUUAUUGUCGAGGUGCACAGAAGCGCAACCGAUAAGAGCAACCCAAAGGGUCGCGCACCAUCACCUCCAAAACCUCCGCCGCCAUCGUUGCCGGAACUCCAACUGAACUGUGUCACUGCUUCCAACAGCACCAACAACAACAACAACAAAGGCCACAAUAGAACGCCUUCCAUUGCCAGCAGCAGCAUGAGCAUCCCCGGCUCAAUAAGCGGAACCAGUUUAUGCAGUGCCAUUAGUGAAGAGUUGAAAAAGCGACGUGAGAGAACCAGUAACGACAACAACCGUUCGGAAAAUGGCGAAUUUUUAUUGCAGCAAAGACAGCCACCACGGCGAAUCGGGAAUGGUUCAAAUUGUGCUGACGAUGAACGCCGUCACAGCGCGCUCAUGGAUGAAUUUAAACGCGCCCACAAACGGAUGUUCCGCAAUGGAUUUAAGGAAACAGAUCGAAUGGAACGUCAGUCGGAACUCCGUAAGACGGCAAUGAUGCAAGAUGAAGUCGAUCAUCGCUCGAGCAAUUGCAAUGUCUCCAAGUCUGAAUACAACAACUUAAUCAGCAGUUCAAUGCAAAAUGAUACAAAUGGCUACUAUCCCACACCUCCACCGCCACCACAAUUUGCCAAUAAAAGUGACAAUUACAACCAACACAGAUCAUCACCGCCUAGCUCACCUGCACCAGACUACAGUCAUUCGCCGGUUCACACCUUAACACGCAACUCCAAAGUGCCCUUCCGCAAUGGCACCCUAACCCGGACAGAUCGCAACAACGAAGCAGCUCGAGCCAAUGGUGACCAUGCUGAAUUAGAAUCUAUAGAUUCCUAUCAAAUGCGUAAUCCAUCAUCGACGAUUCCACGUCCACCAUCGUUAUAUUUCGCCCCACAAAAUUCCGGGCCACCAACAAUGAAAAAGAAUAAACGACCAGUUUCCGUUACCAUUGGAGAGUAUUCCUCGGUCCCGAUUGUUCGAAAGGAACCUUCAAAAAUGGAAUUUAUCGCCGCCAAGUCACCAGAAAAUGGACACUAUGAGGAACCAAUGGCUUCGGAUUUGCUUCGCAGUGAAUUGGAACAGACCUUGAGUCGAUCGAAUUUGAAGAAAAGAAACGAAGAAAAAAAUAACAACAAUUACAAUAAUAUAAACAAUAACAACAACAAUAAUAACGAUGCUGCUGAUCAAAAGCUCGAAGAAGCCACAAGUGAGCUGCAGAAUAUAAUCCUGCGCCAAAGAAGUCCCAAUGGCAGUGCCUACGGCAAGUCUGUUCUGCAGAAGACCCAAUCUUCAAAUAUCGAAAAACUAACCCAAAUGCUACAGAAUCGCCAAUCGACCAUGUAUGAAGGCGCCAAUGGCGGAGGCACACUGCCCAAUCCGGCUCGAGUGACCAUCAGCGUUCCCAAUAAUAAUCACGCCGAACUGCGUAAGACUGAGAGUAAUCCCUCAACACAUCAGCUUAUGAGUCCCACAACGAUGGUGUCAUCUUCCAAUAACACAGCUUCUGUGGUUAUGCCGCCAAUGGCGCCGCCACCGAUGGUUAACGGUAAUGGUAUUCUUAAAAAUGGCUCUGCCUACUCUCGAAGCAGUUAUUCGUCGUCAGAGAAGAGCAUAUCGUUUGGCAAUUGAGCGAGGUGUCGCCGCACCGCCGCCAGCGACAUCUAGUGUCAUAUUAUUAAAAAUUUUAUUAAUAUUAUUAUUUUAUAAUUAUUAUAUUAUUUUCAUUUUUUUUUCUUAUGUAUUUCUUAUUUUAUGUAAUUUUCUUUGUCUUAAGUGUUUAUUAUAUUUUUUUCUUUGCUUAAUUUUUCUGUCAUUUUUAAUUUGUAUGUUUCGAUUAACUGUAUAUUGUAAAACAAAAAGAAAUAAAAACAAAAGAAUUAUGUUGUUAUUAAAGAAGAAAACGAAUUACGAAAAGAAAAUUAAUAUAUCAGUUUUUAUUAUGUAUACCUUUAUAAAUCUUGUUUUUAUUUGUAAAUAAAGAGAGGAAAGAGAAUAUCAA